AUGCCUCCACGAGCCAUACCCUCGGAAAAACAGAUAGUCGUGGGUCGCUUCAUGGAUAUUCUCGCUGCCGCGGGCAUCUAUCUCCAUCCCCAAAAUGGACACCGAUAUAUCAAAUGGAAUGCGUUUCCCGAUCAUGUAUGGGACCGCGGUGUUGUUGUGCGACUUCCUCGCGAGAUUGUCUUUGAUUCGCCAGCUCAAACAGUCGAGGAGCGCAUCUCGAUGAAUCUGCGCUCGCCGUGGACCGAUGAGAAUGUAGAAGUUAUGCGCAAAGCCCUAGACAAUAAUCUGGUGUCCGUUCAUCCACGACCCCAUGGCUCCAACAUUAUUUUUGAAGCCUUUGACGACGCGGGCAAUGUGACCACGAUACCUCGAUUCGGCAAACGAGAGCGUCAUCGCAGACGAGGGAUGAACGUGCGGGACGAUGUGUCAUCUCAUAACGCUAGUGGCGAUGACAGUUCAGCAGACAAUUCGGACUAUUCGUCGAGUGAUGAUCCAGAGGAUAGCAUGCAGCCAUUGCGCAGAGAAAUCUCGAGAGCCUUGAAGCGUCUGUGCCGAGACUGUAAUAUUCCUUGGAGCGGACUUGACAGUACCUGGCUCCAGUUACCAAUACUUUUAGCAAGACGGAAGCGAUGCAUGUCAGGUCUGCCUUCAAUCUGUGCCCCGAAUAUUGUAAACGACGAAGUCGAUCCUAAUUGUAUCCCCUCAAAAUGGUCAGACUCGCAAAUACAGAAAUUUCUGGAUGCCUCAAAGGCUGAGAAGCUGCGGUUGGUCAGGCGUGAUCCCAACAGGAUGAUACUCUUUGAAAUUGAACAAGAGGACGGAACGAUGCAAGAGUCCACUCUAGAGUUCUCUCCUGCCUGGUUACAGCGGUUCACCCAAGCGCCCAUCAUCAUGUCCGAUAGGCAUCUCAAUCGGCAGCGUCGUGAGGCAAAACAGCUAGAAAAGGCGCAAGCUAUCUCUGCGACUGCUGUUGUAACCAAGGGUCGAGGCUGGGUGAUCGUCGAGGAAUCUACUGGCGAAGAGGAAGAGGAGACAAAGGAGCGUUCAGACGAUCCACGUCAACAGCGUAAGCAGCUCAGAGUGGAAGUUUCGACGGGGGUUAUGCGAAGAAUUGCCGAAUUCGAUAUCAACGAAGACGGAUCAGAGGUCCCUUGGGCGCUUAUUCCGCAGGCACUCGCCCAGAAAAACAAGUAUAUUACCGGGUUUCACCCAGGCGCGCUGCCGAAGAUCAAGGACGACAAAGUCGUGUUCCAGGCCAGUCACCCAUCGGUAUGGAGUGGUGACGUUAUCUCUCAUAUGAAGACUGUGCUCGAUUCAGGCAGUAUGCGAAUUCUUCCUCGUGAGCCCGGACGCAUCGUUCUUUUCGAGACAGUGGAUGCCGCAGGAGUGCUUGCGGACACGACACUCGGAUAUUCAGAAGACUGGCUUGCACUCAACAUACCCGACCCUUCUCUAGCUCAGAAGAAGGAAGCAGCCUUGGAGCGCCAACGCCAACGCGAAGAGCGCGCAGUAGCAGCAGCGAUCAAACUCAAGGAAUCACACAGGAAGAAAGAGAAACCCGAGAAACCCGAGAAAUCUGGAAUUAUGCUCUCAGAGGUGCCCAUAAGAAGAACUGCUAGGCACGAAGAAAGUGCCAGGAGGCGACGGGACUCGGAGCUUGGUAUGGCUAGAGCGCAAGCAAUGGCGAAGCAGAUGUUCGAAGCUGGAACUCUGUCUGCCAAUAGCGCCGCCUCACGUGCGGCUCAAAGGCCACUCUCACCACCCCAAUCAUCGUAUAGGUCUGGGACUUCGACGCCUUACAGUGAGGUGUCGUCUUCUUACGGAUAUCAAUACCCUCCACAUUCUCCAAUGCACUACUCCACCACACCCCAAGCUCGGCCAGCUAUGCAUCCACGACAUGCAUUCAAAGGAAAGCAGAGGUCACUGCCCAAUUCUGACGAACUGGCUUCAUCGACGACUCCGCAAAGUCGUUGGCCUCCUUUGGGAUACCCAAAGCCAGACGCAACGAACUUUAACAUGACAACGUUCUUAUUGGCAUUCAAUCGGUUCUUUGAGCGACAUGCGCUUACGAGCGUGGCCAUACCCAUACCCUGGCUAGGGCUUCCCUAUCUUCUUGCAGAGCGUAGGCAAUAUCUCCGCGGCGUUCCUUAUGUCUGCCUUCCCUUUAUCACCGAGGAUCAAGUCGACGACAGAUCCAAUCCUGCGCGAUGGACGCAGGAAAUGGCAACUGCGAUGAAUUGGGCUAUGGUCACGAGCACGCUGCGUAUAGCUACACGAGAGACAGGCCGUCGGGUACUCUUCGAAGUGAUUGGGCCGGACGGAAGGAGAGCUGACUCUACUCUCGGCUUUUCGGAUGAGUGGGUGGAUCACCAUCUUCCAGAUACCACGAAUCGAUAUGGACGAGGAGCUACGACUAGAGAGUCAAAGUCCUCGACAAUCCUGUCCCUCAAAAGGAUCAGAAGCGACUCACCGGAUUUGAUGGACGUUGAGGAUGAUGGCACAGGAGUGAGGGAAGCGAAACGAACGCGAAUGAAUGGGACCCGGAGUACUCUCAGCCCAAUGGAUGCGUCUGGCGAUGCCUCCAAUCAACAAUUUGUCAUGAACUAUCAAAAAUCCGCGGGUUCGUCGACAUCUGGGAGUGGCACGUCGGUCCGUGAGGACAUUUCCCCGAGCACUUCUCUAGGUCUUGAUAGACUCGUCCCGAGUAGUCUACCGCAGCCACUCCGCGGUGGGCGUGUUUUCCUUCGAGUUGGAACCAUGGAAAGCUCCAUGAAUACUGACACCUCGCCCGUGCUUGAGGACACCUGGGAAUGGAUUCCACCGGCAGGAAAUUCUAUCGGCCUGCGCAAAAGUACGGUUUGGAAUCCUACUCAAGCUCGAUGGAGGUUGGUGUCCGAGGAGCGGACGCUUCAGAAUUUGGAUUUUGGAAAGAAAGAUGCCAAGGUCGAAAUGCCUGACCAAACAGAAGGCGUCAUCUUCAAGCAUUUUGCAGUCGAAUAUGUCGAGGAGAGAGGGCAGUGGGAAAUGGUUCCGUUGACAAAGCAACAGACCUAUCCCUGGGUUAUUCGUUGGGACGAGGAGUAUGCUCGAUGGGAGUGGACAAUGGACUAG